AUGAAUUCGUCGCAAAAUCCAUUCGGCGAGGAGCCCGACCAUCCCUCCCAGUCUAUACCAAAUGCCGCCUAUCCUGAUGCCCCGUACCAACCGGGAAGCGGAUUCCAUGGAAAUGGUAGCACGACAGCGUCGACGGGUCGUGAAGGACUCGCGUCCUCAGUAGCCGGGCACGAUACAUCAACAACAUAUUCGAACUCAUACUCCACCUCUCCAAACUCAUCGUCUCCGAACACCAGUGCGCCAUCAGGGCAUCAGACUACUUCCCCGUCUGUUGCUAUCCCUGACGUCCCACCCCCUCCGUACAUUCGCCAUGAACAACCGAGCCCUUACAUUCCAACUCGGACACAAACAAUAUCCCGCUGGACCGGCGCUGGUGCAGGGAACGGCCAGCAAAAUGGACAACCAGAGUCUGUGCCAAUGCAAAAUCUAUCACUCGCAACGUCUGCCCAGGGUUCCCUGGCGCCGUCCGUACCAAUCACACAGCAAGAGCAACUGCCGUCGCCUUAUACCACUGGCAGUGGCAGCAUCUCAGUAUCGACACAGGCAGGUAAGCCUGGCCCACUGGCUGAGGCUCGGCGGCGGCGACGGCGGCGGGUUAAAAUCUGUAUUGUCAUCUUGAUUGCUGUCUGUCUCUUCAUACUGGCUCUGAUUAUUGGAAUUGCUCUUGGCGUGUUAAAAUCGUCUGCCCGCAACAAUUAG